UUAAACCUCUGCUGGACUCGAACCCUUGAUUUACAGUUCAGCAGUCGAUAUGCUAAGCUACUCAGCUAGACGAUGAUUUUUGAAAUGAAAAGACAAAUAUUGCUGAUAUUUAUAUUUCAUUCCAUGUUUUAAAAGGAAGUCAGUCAUUAUGAUACUGUAGAGUACCUCCUUAAAAAGUUUAAUUCAUAUAUUUUGUCUGAAUAAUGUUUGUAACUUACAUGCUAGCUGAGAGGAGAUCCUAUGUCAUGAGCACGGAAUGGAGUGUCAACAGUUGGUCCUGCUGCUGUGGAUACCAGAUAGGAAAUCGGGGCUUGUUUAAACUUUUUCAGGAUUUCCAUAUCCAUUUCACCGAUUUCAGUUUUCCUGAAAAUUGUUGAAAAUAAUUUUGAAUGACCAUUUAAAAGAACUUUAUGUUGUAACAAGUGUUCAGUGCCAAACACUUGGGCGUGACUUGGCAGCUCUGUGGUUUGGAGUCUUUUGGCUGAGACCUAAUAACUACACCUGUAAAAACUUGUUAGAGGCCAGGGGCCCGUUUUACAAAACAACUUGCGGUAAGUCUUAAAUUGUAUUUUACAGUUAUUACUUUAAAAAUGAAUGAAUUAAAACUUUUCGAAGGCUAAAUUUUCAAUAUUUUCUUUAAAAAAUAUUUUGCAUUCGGAGUGAAUGACUUACAAUAAAGUUGAAAAGUUUGUCGUUAGUCUGAAGUUUUUUUGUAAAACACACCCCUGGUGUCCUUGUAGGUGCUUUACAACUAAGUGAGUCUUUUCUGCUGAAAAGCCUUAAUUUGGUCAAAACAUUGGGCACGUGUAUAUAUAUAAUUUAAAGAAUGUCUCCAUGUGAGUGCAAUAUAGAAUGACAAUCAGUCAUGCAAAACAAUUACCAAAAAAAAUGAAGAGAAAAAAUUGAUUGAAAGAUGUACACUAUUUUUUUUACCGUGUGUCAACAAAAGAAUUGUGGUAAUUGGCUUUCUUUUUCUGUUUAGGUUUGAUGGGUUGGAAAUGAUCAUCUGGGACACUGGUUCUGGUUGAAUCUUGUCACCUCUUGGCUUAUCCGACUGUUGGGGAGGGAAGUUGAUGACAGCAUUGAGGGAAUUUCAACAAAACCAGAAAUCUUCCACUGCUCCAGAAUCAUGAUAACAGCUAAGACAUGUGCACAUUGACCUGCUUCCCUGUAAUAUGUACACAACAUGAAGAAAUAGAAACCAAUCCCCACACCAAAUUUGCAUAAUAUACAUUUAUCAAAUUAACAAUAGCAUUAUAACACUACAUGUACCACAAUACAAAAUUAUUUUACACAUAUAUGUUUAGUAUAAUUAUCUAAACAGGCUUUUGGGAAAGGUGUGUACCUGUAUUUGGUAAAGAUACUGAAUCAUAGUUACACUGACCUGGAAUGUGCACCCUUUAGUUAGCAAGUAACUGGAAACACAAACAUUGGUAAAAUGCACCGAGUUACUAAAAGGAACAAAAAUACAACAAAUGAAAUUUGAAAAAAAAAGAAUAAGAACAACACUGAGCAACGUUUAUGAAAUAUGAUAAAACUUUUCCGAGUGAGGUUGUUUACAAACGCUCUCUAUUUAUACCUGAGGCUGAUGCACGCAUGUACGUAGAUCUAUACGCUUCAAGAACAAUAAAUUAAAUAAACAAAAACGUAAAAUUGAAAUUGUAAACAAGUAAAAACUAUUUCAAUAACUCCAAAAUAACCGUAUACACACCCAGCUUUGCAACUGCAAUGUGCAUCGUCUAACUUCUUCCCUUCAAAAUUGACAUCAAUGUUGAUCUUGUGUGGGUCCUCUGUUUUCCUCUGACUCCGAUAUACUUCGGCUUUUAUUAGCAUAUUUUCGCGUUCUUGUGCAUACAAUUUGACUGAUUUAACAUAAGAAUCUUUCAUAAACGCGACAGCCAUUGUUUUUGCCGAAGAGACGGUGUAUGUAACAUGUAUGAUGCAGAAAAAUCGUCUGGUAUGUCCUUUAACGACAUGAUCCGCGCCAUGUUGUUUAUGUGUCUAAUGUCGGGCUAGUUACCGUCGUCAUGGUGGGCGGGGCGUACACGAAAAUCGGCGAUCCGCCAAUCCUUUUUACGCCAGUCAGAAGAACAAGGAAGUUACAGUUUAUCUCGCUAUUAAUCAUGACCACUAUCUUGAUGUACAGGUACAUGUAACAUCGAGACAAAUAGAAAUGAAGUUGAUCAUCUUUGCUUUAAUUUUCUGUUUUCUGCCUCACAGUUUUUGUAUUAAUCAAUUUUAUCCCCAUGGACACUCUAAUGGAGAUACGACUGUUGACAAAAAUGAUGACGGUAGCUCUACAGAAAUUCCUAUUUCAACGUUGUUUCCAUUCUUUGACCAUCAACAUGACCACUUGAUUGUUAACACAAAUGGCGUCAUUUCCUUCCUGGGGACACUUUCAACUUACACACCGAAUUCUUUUCCGCUAGCACACGACAGACGUCUGGUUGCCAUUUUCUGGGCAGAUGUCGAUACAAGAAAGGGGGGAACUGUGUGGUAUCGCGAAUCAACCAAUCAAACAAUACUACACAGAGCGACAGAGGAAGUUCGGACAUAUUUUCCACAGUUUAAUCGUUUUCAAGCUACCUGGGUCUUUAUAGCAACCUGGGAUAAUGUCGCAUUCUUUGGAUGUUCAAGCUGUACCAAAAGAAAUACAUUUCAAGAGAUCCUUAUUACUAAUGGUCAACAUUCAUUUACCGUUUUCAAUUAUGGACAAAUUAAAUGGACGACUGGAACUGCAAGUGGAGGAAACGCAGAAACUGGUCUUGGAGGAACACCUGCUCAGGUUGGAUUUAAUGCAGGAGAUGGCAGGGUAUUUUAUGUUGUUAAUGCGUCGAGAACACAUGACAUCAUCGGUGUAAAUCACAUGUCUAACAUAGGAAUCCCAGGGAAAUUCGCAUUCCGUAUUGAUGCUGCAGAAAUCGACAAUGGUGGAUGUAAUACCUGGGGCACACUGACGAUUUCCCCUCGGUAUGGCCCAAUGCUUGGAGGACAAUACCUCGUGAUCGGAGGUCCAUGCAUGAAUCCUGAUGUUAUUAUCCAAAUCCAGUACUCAUCGAUUGUUACGUCAUUUCCGUGUCGGCGAGAUUCAGACUUCAGCGCUGUAUGCAUCACGCCGAUGUUUAACUUGACCGGUGAUAUCACAAUCACCCUUACCAUCAAAGAAGUCAACGGAAACACACGGGAUCAUACCGGGCAUUAUACGAUUGUGAAUCCUGCUAUAACCAAUAACCCAGUAAGGCGACACGAACCCGAGAAAUGGAUUAAUGGACAGCAAUAUGGCAUCUCAUGGGACCCACAGGCGUUCGAACUAAGAGGCUCUGAACGAAUUCACAUACAUUUAUAUACAUUGAAGGAACAUACAAAUAAACAACUAAUAUGGGAAAAAUCUGUGCUGCAUGACAACAUCGAAAAAAGCCUUCGGACAUUUACCAUCACUCUUCAUUCAGAUGGAUAUAUGGCAGUCCUCCGCGUCACUUCCGCUCUACAGACAGAUCUUGAUAUGCCAACCAGAGGUAUUUGGUCAGACAUCUUUGCAAUAGUGCCUUCGCAAGAACAAUCAAAGCAGUUUUGUUCUUCUUGGUUAAGAAAUGAAGCUCGUUUGCCACGACUGUCUUCUGGCGACAUAUCCCCAUGUCCCUGUACACUGCAGCAGGCUUUGGUGGACACAGCACGAUACCAGCCCGAUCCCGACUGUAAUAGGAUAACAAAUACUAGAAUACAAGACUUGAAUUGUUUGUACAGAGCUGAUGCCCAACAUUGCGUUCGACUUAGUGCACCAGGACGACUUGGCAUUGACAAUGUGUGUUGCUAUGAUAAAGACGGCAAUUUAAUUGACUCCCGGGUGAAGAAAGGCGGAACUCUCCAGCGCUACCACUAUUUGGGAGGGGUGGGUAAUGUACCGUACGUGACCAAUUUCUACUACGAUGUGCUUCCGUCCUUACACUGCUGUAGGUACUUCGACACCAGAUUAAACGGAUUUAGCGGGAUGUCCGUCUUCUCCGAAUGUCAAGAUUAUCUAGAGUUCAGAGACGUCAGUUCUUGUGUCAACUACAUUCCCCCUCAACCAGCUGGUGCACAUGGGGACCCGCAUAUUAAAACCUUGGAUGGAAAAAGCUACGACUUCAAUGGUCUUGGGGAAUUUCAGUUCAUGAUAUCUAAGACUGCAUCAUUUGAGAGCCAGAUUCGAUUUGAACAAGUCACGGACAGCACAGGUAACAAUGUCUAUGCCAGCGUCUGCACUUCAUUCGUCUCCCAGGUGACGCAUUCAACGGACAAAGUAGAGGUUCGUCUGAAUUCCAUUCGAAUGGCAGACGUACUUGUCAACGGAAUAAUUCAGGACUUUAGUGACGUCUCCUGGCUUCGAUACAGAGGUGUAUCGGUGCUCAGUUUGCCCAACCUCUCUGGAACCUCCACGGGUAGAGACAUCAUCGUAAUGUUUGAUACUUUGGGCGUCUCAUUUAGGAUUCUGGCCAGUCAGAAAAUGCUUAACGUUAUCACAGUCAUUGGGAACAACAUUUUGAAAGGUACCCUCAGCGGUCUUGUCGGAAACUUUGAUGGAGAUCCAGCUAACGACUUGCGUUUGCCAUCUGAUGCAACAGAAGAAGCAAUUUUCCACGUCAUUAAUGAAUCAUGGAGGAUCACAAACAGGAACUCAUUGUUCACCUACCCUAACGGGAAAACGUACUCAGAUUAUAACAGUGAACGGCAAGUGGACUUCCGCCCGGUGUUUUCGUCAUCCGUCACUAGUCCAGUUACAACAGAAGCUAGAGAACUAUGUGGUAGCAACACAGAUUGUUUGUUUGACUUGCACGUGACUGGGUCCCGGGACAUCGCUCAGAGCACUCGUCAAUUCACUUAUCAACUACAGCAAGCAGCGGACGCUGCGAGACCAGUCCAAUCCUGUCCUGUGCUUCCGUCGAAAGACGGAGGUGUGUGGUAUACCAAUAACACUCUAGAGAAUGCAACAGCUAACUUUCUGUGCGGCAUGGGCUAUCGAAUCAGUGGUUCAUGUCCACCGACGACUUGUAAGAAUGGAACAUGGAGCAAUUUUAGACAUUGUUCUUGUAUAAAGAUUCUUACGUCGCCGCCAACUUCAACACGUCGAACGACUUUCACCUCUAUACCACAAUCGCGCACUCCUCCAAGUCUCACACCAGCGCCAACAUCACAGUCAACACGUUUUCCUAUGUCUAUUGGUCAUCAAAUGACAUCAAUCGCAACACGGAUCUCCACGUUGGAGCCAUCGUCAGCAGGUCAAACGGCUGUUUCCUCUACACCACAAUCGCAAGAACAUCAACCACGAACGCCCCCGCCAACUUCGCAAUCAACACGCACAGUAGCAUAUGUCGCUCAUCAAACAACACCAGUUCCAACGAAGGACAACUAUAAUUUUCUCAAGUUUAUAUCUAACAAGGCUCACGUGUGGUUCAUCAAUGGGGUAGGAGUAGUUUUCAUCAUCUUCAUCAUACUCAUUGGGUCUUUUGUGACAUGUAAAAUCAGAUCACGUGAGAAGUAUGUAGGAAACGACAGUGAAAAUCCACACUCCUCUGGACGCUCUUCUCGUUAUCAGAAAUACAAUAGGGGAUCCCAAAUGAAUUCCGGGAGGACACAUACAGAUGCAAGUGCUGAACUAUCAGAAGUUUCUGAAGGCAGUAAACAAAGUCUGCCUGGUUGUGACAACUAUGGAUACUCGGAAUCCGGUCCUUGAUAUGUAAAGAAUUCACCAAUGUAUAGAACUCACCGACAGAACUAUAGCCCGGAGGUGCUGGAACGGCAAACUUCAUCAAGUGUUCAGUAAACAAGAUCAUAUUCUCAAUGAUAUCCUGUAGAUUUCUUGAGAUAUAAAUCUUCUAGUAUUUAAAAUCAUGAAAGGAGCGUUUUACUUGCAAUUUCUACCGAGUUCCAUGUUUUAAAAGUUACGAGUAUAACAAGGGAAUCUUAAACAUUGAGCACAAAAGGGCUUCACCUUUUGCGAUAAAGUGAUGUGAAUUUCUAA